UGGCUCAAUGUUCAUUUAUGUGCUAACCAAGUUAGGCCUUGACAGUGCCCUUCGGCCUUAACUUUGCUGCACAAUCCAAUUUCAUUUUCUCAACUUCAAGAGCUACAGACAUAGCGUUAGGCAAUUGAUAGAUAGUUCUCAGAGAGUUGGGAGCUAUCUCAACACAUAUGUAGGGAGGAAAAAAGCAAAGUCUCGUCCCUGCUAGUUUUCUUUAGUAAAAUGUGAAAGCACUGAGAUGAAAAGGGUGGUUUGGUUGUCUAAUCGCUUUCGGCCUCAUAAAGCUUCGAUCUUUUCACUCAUCCUUUGGGUCAAACAUUACAGGUGAGAAAGAGAGUAUAGUGGCGCCACCGCUGCCAAAAAGAUCCGCCUCUCUCUCUCGGACCCCGUCUGAAAAGGCUACUUCUUUCCCGCCCUUCACUUCCCCGGCCCCCCCAAACUGCUUCAUAAAUAAUCUCUCAGCUACCUACACUUCCACUCGAAUUGGGUAUCUCUAUCUUCAAUUACAGGCUAGAAAUCUCCUCGAUUUCUUAUUGGGUGUCCCAAAUUGACAUCUGAUUUGGAUACCUUGCGAAUGGAUCUUCCACUUGUUAACGAAUCAUCCUUCUCCGCUGCGAAUCCUUCUGCUUACAGCUUAGCCGCGAUUUGGCCUUUCGGUGGGGAGCAGGGCGGGAACGCAUUGGGUCUCCGAAUGGCUAGUUUGAGUCAGAAUCUUGGUGGGUUUCCCGAGAGCUCCACGAAUCGCGACGGAUCAAUGGAGGAAUCGACUGUGACGGAGCAGAGUGGCGGUGGGAGAAAGAGGAAGGAUGUGAGCUCUGAGGAUGAAUCUUCGAGAAUGGUUUCCACCAGUAGUGCUAAUCAAUUGAGUAACUCAAAUGGUAAACGGAUGAAAGUGGUGGCAUCCAGACAUGAAGGUGGUGGUAUAAAAGCUGAAGUAGAACCUAGCUCAGCAGAUGGUAAGAAGCUGGCCGAGCAAAGCCGGAAACCCGAACCACCAAAAGAUUACAUCCAUGUCAGAGCGAGAAGGGGCCAAGCUACUGAUAGCCAUAGUUUAGCAGAAAGAGCAAGAAGAGAGAAGAUCAGUGAGAGAAUGAAAAUUUUGCAGGACUUGGUUCCCGGUUGUAACAAGGUUAUUGGAAAAGCACUUGUUCUUGAUGAGAUAAUAAAUUAUGUCCAAUCACUCCAACGUCAAGUCGAGUUACUCUCCAUGAAGCUUGAAGCUGUGAAUUCCAGAAUGAACUUAAGCUCAGCCAUAGAAGUUUUUACCGCAAAAAAUAUGGUUAAUCAACCAUAUGAUGCAGUUGGAAUAUUAUAUGGUUCACAAGCGGCAAGAGAUUAUACCCAAGCUGCGCAACCGGAAUGGUUGCAUAUGCAGAUCGGUGGAAGCUUUGAAAGAACAUCUUAGACCUCAAUAGGCAUCUUAUAAUCCAAUGUCAAAAUUGAUUUUGCUUCCUCAUUCAGUUCAGUAGAUAUAGAUUUGUUUGAUCAUUUGGUAUCAAAUACUUGUACUAUCGUCCCUUUGGGGACAUCUGAUAUACUUGGAACGAUCAAAUACUUGAAUUAUCUGCAAAACUGAACCAACUUCCAAUUUGUAUCUUAUUGACUGAUAAAUCUGUAGUGCAGUUGCACUGGAGUGAACAUACUAAGCUUCCCUUUCUGCUCUUAAUUUUGUUUGCUGCCAUGAAUA